AUGAACUGCUCCUCCUACGACACUGACGAAACCGGGGCGACGCUCAAAGCCGGAAGCGACCGUUCGUCUCCGUCUCCGGCUCUCACCAAGCACCCUCGUACUUGCGAGUAUACGGUACAGAUGCUUUGUGAGGGACUAAGGCGAGGAGACAUCUUCCUGGAUACGGGCUAUCAGCGCGCGGCGGUGUGGAACGCUGUCAUGCAGUCUCGUUUCAUUGACUCCGUCUUUCAAGACAUGGUCUUCGCCCCCCUCGUUUUUUCGGUGAAAGUAGUCGACGGACGUGAAACGCGCGUAUGCAUUGACGGGAAGCAGCGCUUGCUUGCUCUUCAACUCUUCCUUCGAGGUGGCCUGUACUAUCGGGACUUUGAAGGAGAUAAAGUGUGGUAUCAGAGCAGAGGCAAGAAGCGUAGGACGGUUCUGGCAGACGCGAGUCGCCAGCGCUUCCUGUCGCAGAAAAUCAGCUGCAUCGAGUACGAUUGCCUCAGUUCAGUUGAAGAGCGCGACAUCUUUUUGCGCGUGCAAGCAGAGCAUUAA